AUGGCGAAAAUAAAGAAGAAGGGAGCCUCCGGCGCAGCCAAAAACUAUAUCACGAGAACUCAAGCUGUUCGCAAGCUGCAGAUAUCGCUUCCUGACUUUCGCCGAUUAUGCAUCUUUAAAGGCAUAUAUCCCCGCGAGCCACGAAGCAAGAAGAAGGCGUCUAAGACUGCGACUCCGAGCACGACAUUCUACUACACUAGGGAUAUACAAUAUCUGCUACAUGAGCCCCUGCUUAGGAAAUUCAGAGAACAGAAGGCUCUUUCCAAGAAGAUCGCAAGGUCUUUAGGUCGUGGAGAAGUUGGCGAUGCAGCUCGACUAGAAAAGAACAAUGCUCCGAAAAUUUCGCUCGAUCAUAUCAUAAAAGAACGCUAUCCCACUUUCAUUGACGCUCUCCGGGAUCUCGAUGACGCUUUAUCCUUGCUCUUCCUUUUCGCGAACCUUCCCUCCACGACGAAUGUCCCUCCGAAGACAAUUGCCCUCUGCCAGCGACUUUGUCAUGAAUUCCAGCACUAUCUCAUUGCCACCAAUUCGCUACGAAAAUCUUUUCUGUCUAUUAAAGGUAUCUACUACCAGGCCACCAUCCAAGGGCAGGAUAUUUUGUGGCUAGUUCCGUAUCGAUUCGUUCAGAAGGUCACCGGGGAUGUGGACUACAGGAUUAUGGCUACAUUCGUGGAGUUUUACACUACACUUCUUGGAUUUGUCAACUUCCGUCUAUACACAUCGAUCGGGUUGGUAUAUCCUCCAAAAUUCGACUUGAAGCGCGAUGAGUGUGGUGCAGAGCUUGCCGCUUUCACUCUCGAAGGUAGGAAAGUCGGCGAAACUCAAAAGGCGAUAGCAUCUGAGCCCGAAACGAAUGGGCAACCUGUAAAGGAUGAUGCUAUUUCGAAAAAUAUGCAAGCCAAAGUUAAUACUCUUCUUGAAAAGGCGAAACUCGACGAUGAGCUUGACCAACAGGCGGUUGAACAGGAGGAGGCCAACACCGAUGCAAUUGAUAGAUUUGAAGCCGCUGCACCCGAAGCGGAUACUCUCCCCCAACCGCAAAUGAGCGGAAAUGAGGCGGCCUCGUUGUUUGCUCCUUACACCUUUUUUAUUUCCAGAGAAGCACCGCGAGCACCUCUGGAAUUUCUACUCAGAGCGUUUGGGUGCAAACGGAUAGGCUGGGACGCUGUUUUGGGUGAAGGGGCCUUUACAAAUGACGAAACGGACCCUCGGAUAACGCACCAAGUCGUAGAUCGCCCACCUCUUCCCGAAUCCGCUCUUCCUCCUAUGCCACAAAAUCCGGCCGAAGGAACCGAAACAACGCCUAGAGUGCGACCAGGGACCAAGAUGCCUGGCAGGACUUAUGUACAGCCUCAGUGGGUUUGGGACUGCAUAAAUGAAGGCAAACUUCUGAGACCCGAUCUUUACGCCCCAGGUGCUACAUUACCUCCCCACCUUAGUCCAUGGGUCAAACCUUCCAAGGGUGAUUAUGAUCCCCGCUUGGGUCUAGCAGAGCAAGAAGGGGAGGGUGAGGCCGAGAGAAUAGCUGAGGAGGAAGAGGAAUCAGAGGAGGAAGAGUCAGAGAAUGUGACCACUCAAAAGAUUCAGCCCCCCCCAGCUGAAGAGUCGGAUGAAGAAUUUGAUGAUGGUGGUAUGGAUGUAGAUGUUCCCGGUUCUGACGAUGAAGAGGAAGAGAGCGAAGAAGAAAAUGUCGAAAAGUCUGGAAGUCCUAAUGAACCUGUCGACGUGCAAUCCGAGUCUGAGGAUGAGGAAGAGACCGCGCGAAACCAACACCAAAAGGAACUUGAGGCUGAGGCUGCAGGGCUCCCAUUUACUGGAACAAGUGGUGCGACUGAGGGUUCUAAAAAGUCAAAACAAAAGCCAUUGGCUAAGAAACACGAAGCUAAGAAGAAGAAGGAACAGGAGGAGCUCGAGCGCCAAAAGAUGAUGAUGAGCCGGAAGAAGCGUAAAUUGCUUGACAAGAUGCUGUACUCGAAUAAAAAGAAGGAUGAGGAGGCCGAGAAAUUGAGGAAGAAGCGAAGAAAGAUUGAACAGAAAUCACAAGCAUAA